CUGACACUAAUGCCUGACUAACCGCUGCUAUUCAUCUUUGCAAAAAAUACGUAGAACCUCGUCAUUCUUUCUACGUAUCAACCUUUCAUCAAUUGUUGGGUUACACCCUUGACAGAUAAUACAGCUGAACGAAGCCCUGGUCCUGAAGAGUCUAUCUGAACAUCAGCAUUUUCCUAUCUCUCUCAUUAUCAUUUCUAUCACAUAUCCACAGCAAGCCAUCAUGACGUCUGCAGGUUGGUUGGGACAAGUUGUCCCUACCCUUCUCCGCCCAUCUAUACUCUUAUGCAUAUCAGCAUAUCAUUUUGUCAUGACAAUGUUCGAAGUAGUUUUCUAUGAGUGGAGCCCAUUCACCCUAUUCAACAUCAACAAACUGCGGUUCAAAGCCUUCGCCCGCCUUUGGAAGCACAAUGGCGAAGCAAUGUCCACCGAGAUGCCCGGCCCUACUUUUGAACUCCUCUCCCAGUGCAAAGGCGUGAUUCUCGACGUUGGCCCUGGUUCGGGAGAGGUACUGUCUCGCUUCGAUGCGAAUCUCAUUGUCGCAAUCUACGGCGCUGAGCCCGCCGAGGACCUACAUCCUGGACUUCGAAAAAAUGCCGAAAAGAGCGGCCUAAGGAGCAAAUACCAUCCGAUGCUUUGCGGUGCUGAGCCUGAAAGUCUGAUCCCUGCAUUGCACAAGAGUGGCAUUUUGGACGUUAGUGGAAAAGGAGGCUUGGCGUCUGACGGAGUGUUUGACGAGAUUUGCUGCACGCGCGUACUUUGCAGUGUGCCUCAUCCAGAACAGACCAUCAAGGGCCUCUACAACCUUCUCAAACCUGGUGGCCGAAUGGUAAUCUGCGAACAUGUCGCCAAUCCGUGGAGAACUCAGGGUAGUGUCGCGGCGCGCCUCAUGCAACUAGUGUACACCAUCAUUGGCUGGUCUUUCUUCAUGGGCGGAUGCGAACUCCAGCGACACACAUUAGAAUACCUGAGAGAUGCUGGAGAGUGGGACAAGUUUGACUUGAAAUACUACGGUCCCAAGGAUUGUAUCCCUUUUGUUGUUGGUGAACUGAUCAAGAGGCAUGGCGAACUGGACAAGAGCUAUGCUCAAGUUAUCAAGGAGUAGUUUGAGGGGUGUUGUACAUAGUGGAUGGGCUAUCUACAGUCCAUGGGUGAUAAAUUGUUUGGAGAUACUUACAUCAAAUCAUACCAGGUCAGUGGAGCACCUUUUUGUAGGAAGCCUUUCCGAUGAGUUGUUUACAGCAAUAAAGUGUACAUUAUAGUUAAGAUUAACUAUAUCUUAUUAUAUGCAUAACGUUUGUACAUAUCUAGCUCUAUGAGAGACACACCCAACGUUUGAACGUAAUGGACACCCUUAUCUAUCUGACAAAGAAA